GUUUCCUUAUAAUUGGUCCAAAUGGGCUACAAUCAAAGUGCAUUUCAUAUCCUGUCCUGCAUGAUAUUCUUCAUCCCUGAAAACUUACCCACCUGACACUUAUAAUGGCCAAGAACAAGUCUGUGGCCCUGCUGCUACUCUCUCUUUUGGUGGUUCAUUCUUCCCUCGCUGAUCAUAGAAAUCACAGAAUCUUUGAUAUCACUCACAGCAUCGCCUCUGAACUGCCAAUCUACGGAUCCAAGAACGGCCUCGGCCAUUUCAUCCGGCUUGUCCACAGCAUCAAGAAUGGUUCUAUUGCCAAUGAAUCAGAGUUCAAGCUGGGAACCCACACCGGCACCCAUGUUGAUGCUCCCAGCCACUUUUUCCAGAAGUACUAUGAUCAAGGAUUUGAUGUCACUACCCUUAGCCUAAAAGUGCUUAACGGUCCUGCUUUGGUAGUUGAAGUUCCAAAGGACAAGAACAUUACUGCUGAAGUUAUGAAAUCUCUGAAUAUCCCUAAAGGAGUACGUCGCGUGCUUUUCAAAACACUUAAUACUGACAGGCAGUUGAUGCACAAAACGCAGUUUCAUUCGGAUUUUACUGCGUUCAUGGAGGAUGGGGCAAAGUGGUUGGUAGAAAACACAAACAUCAAACUUGUUGGGCUUGAUUACCUAUCUGUUGCUGCAUAUGUUGAUGCCGCCCCAGUACAUUAUGCAUUUCUGCGGAAUAGGAAAAUCAUUCCACUUGAAGGCCUAAAUCUGGAUGACAUCCAACCAGGAAGAUAUAGUCUCCAUUGCCUCCCUCUAAAGAUGGUUCGUGCUGAUGGAUGUCCAACAAGAUGCAUUCUCAGUUAAGAUAGAAACUUUGGUUGAGAAGUAACUCUAAAGCAAGGCUAUAAAAUUGUUCCAGGAGAUGAAUAAUAGCUCCAGAAGGUAUAGAAUGGAACAAACUGCUUCUGGACAUCUGUGUGCUUAUAUUUGAAACCAUCAAACCUCUGUAAGAAGCUAGUAUCUUACAAAGGUUGAUGUCCCGCAGCUAUGAGUGGUGGAGAUUCACAAUUAUAUUUAUGAAUUAUGUUGAGCUUCAAUUUUGUGGGCGUUUGUUGCGAUCUAAAGAGCAUAUUUCGUGGCUACAUAAAACAAAACAAGUCAU